CUAAAAUUUUAGAAACUAAUUUCUCAUCGGCACCGAAAACAUGUCGGCCGAUGGCAUUACAGUUGAAUAUUAAUGGCGGCCGUCGAGAUUUUCGAUUGGGCAGUUCAUCUACCUAACCUAACCUAAAUAUGGCGGCGCAAUUAGAAAUUGAAAUAAACGUAGUUAAUUUCUCUCCUUUCCCGGGUGACUAAUCCAGUUGUCUUUCCUUCACCCCUGUUUCCAGCAAACAACCGACGAAAAAAAAACAUGUUUUUAUUGAAACCUAUCAAUUGGGCAUCUCUUCUUUUCCUUGGACUCGCCUUCUGGUUUUAUUACAGGAACCCUAAUCCUGCGAAUUUGUCGCCAGAAUCCCCAAAUUCAAUUUACGGAUUCACUGUUAAGGAUAUUCGUGGGAAUGAAGUGCCUUUGAGCAAUUACAAAGGAAAGGUUCUUCUGAUUGUCAAUGUUGCUUCAAAAUGCGGUUUGACGCAGUCGAAUUACAAGGAGUUGAACAUUUUGUACGACAAGUACAAAGAUCAAGGUUUUGAAAUACUUGCAUUUCCUUGCAAUCAGUUCGCUUCCCAAGAACCGGGAAAAAACGAGGAAAUCGAGGAAGCUGUCUGCACCAGGUUUAAAGCCGAAUUCCCAAUUUUUGACAAGAUUGAGGUCAACGGCAAAAAUACAGCGCCCCUUUACAAGUUCUUGAAGUCGGAAAAAGGUGGUCUAUUCGUAGAUGCAAUCAAGUGGAAUUUUACUAAGUUUUUGGUGAACAAACAAGGAAAAGUUGUCGAGAGAUACGCUCCUACAACACCACCACUUGCAAUCGAGAAAGACGUACAAAAUCUUUUGGCUGAUUGAGCGUUCAGGUUUGCUUAUUCACCAAGGCUCAUUCCUCGGAUUAUUAUCAAUCGGAUUAUGAAAGGAAAUCAUACAGAAUACUAGGAUUUUUCGUAUUUUGAUCAUUGUUUAAGGAAAAGUGAACAAAUAAAAAUAGUAAUAAUACUAAGAUUUUUUGUAUUUCGAUCUCUUCAAUAGGUGAAUGGAAUGGAUAACAACAGUUUAUCUUAAUUGAGAUUGUCGAAUUCGGUUAAUUU